UUACUCUUAAUUGGUUUAUUGCCCUUUUCUUUGAUGCAGUUCCAUUCCAAACAAUGCUUCGUAUUUGGGAUACAUUUUUAUUGGAAGGUCCAAAAGUUUUGUUUCGUUAUACAAUUGCUUUAUUGGGUCUUUAUCAAGAGGAAAUACUUGCACAUACUGACACUAUUUCUGUUAUUAAAGUAUUAAAAGCUGGGGUUAGAUUGACUUUGGAUGUUGAUGGAUUGAUAAAAUAUGCAUUUGAAGAUUUAAAUCCAUUUCCAAGCAAAGUAUAUUUACGUCAACGUCAACACCUUUAUUUACAAGUUUUACAUGAACGUUUAAGUAAAAGACAACAAUUAAGGCAAUUAUAUAAUGAUGGAUAUAAUAAUCGAAAUUCGAGUAGUUGUAAUAAUAUUUUAUUUAAUAAUGCAAUAAUUGCUUCUUCUUCUGAUCAAUUGGCUGAUUUGCCUAUUGAAGUAAUUGUAUUUAGUCCAUUUGUUGAAGGAUGUGCCUAUGUUUGUUCUGGUAAUCAAAAACGAGGCAAACUUUCAGUUGUUCAAUUAUGUGAGAAAAAUGUUCAUUUAAAUGCUUUGGAUUUGGAAUUUGAUUGUCGACCAAUUUCAAUGGCUAUAUUUGCACCCGAAAUGGCUUUUGUCUCCCUUCUUUCUGGUUAUAUUGUAGCUCUACAUUUAAUUAAUUAUAAUCAAUCUAAUGAAGAAAAUUUUGAAAAGAAUGAAGCAGAAAUUCUUUGGGAACUUAAAUUAAACGAUGUAGCCCUCAAACUUGUUCACGAUUCCCACCGUUUAUAUGCUUGUUUGGCAAAUGGAACUUUAACUGUUUUGGAAAAUGCUUUUGAAAGAAUGCCUUCAGCUUUAGAUUUAUAUCAUAUUCCUGUAGCGGCUGCACCAAUAACGGAUGCUUUAUUGGAUGGAGAAUUUCUUUAUUUGGCAAUUGCUAACAAAAUUGUUAUUUUAAAUAGAUAUACCUUAUCAACAAUUACUUCUGUUUAUGUUGCUUCAGCGGCUGCUGGAAGUCAAGUCCCUAUGUUUGAAAAAAUCCGUGCUUUAGCUAUGUCCCCACACGGAAUUUGGUUAGUAACUGCACAUUCUUCUUUAUUACAACUUUGGCAGAAUGGGCAAUGUGAAAUGCUUUUUGAUAUUAGAUAUGACCAUAGUAAUAGAACACCCUCUUUUGAUGAACACGACGAAUUAUUAGAUCAAGUAGAAGUUUGUUCUAUUCUUUUCCAUUCUGAUGAACUUUGGGUUGGAACUAUAGAUGGUUAUUUAAUGCUUUAUAAAGUUAAUUUAAAUGAAAAUAAUGAAGGAACAAAAUUGUCAACAACAAGAUUUCGUUCAUCUAUUAGAAGAUAUCAACCAGGUAAACGUCUAUCAGCAGUUCACGGUUUAGCUCAACAAUUGCCAGUUAAUGGCCGUCAACAAACUUAUUAUAUUCCAACAGAAAAUGAAAAACGUGUAGAAGAAAGGAAUAGUUCAAUGGAAUGUAUGUCUAUGGAAGGACAAUUUUCUCGAAAAAUUUCUGUUAAAAUUGAUAAACAUACGAGGAAAUAUAGCAUUAAUGUUUUAACUUUAAAAGAAAAUAUAGAAUUAACAUCACCCCCACCAAUUACUGAACCUUGUAAACUUGUAAAGGGGGAUAGUUCUUCAAAUUGUUCAGAAACACAUCAAAAAGUGACAAAAAAAUUUUCUUUCCCCGUAAAAAAGCCCUUAUGUGGACAACAAAGUGUUGAUUCAGCACUUACUUCAAUCUUAACAAAGAAAGAUUCCCCUUCAAAUUUUACACCAACUCGCCGCCGCAGUAAACUUUUUGAGCCUUUACAACAAAAACAACAAAAAUUUUUGUUUGAUGACAUCCCAUCCUCAAAUGAGGCUGCAAACUCUUCAAAUGAAGAAGUAGAAGAAGAAGAACAAGAAGAAUUAGUUGAAGAGGAAUCUUUAAAAGAAGAAGAAAAGGAUGAAGAAGAAUAUAAACGUAAACAACAAUUUGCUAGAUUAAUUCAAAUAAAUAAUACUUGGCGUAAAAUGUCUGCAAGUUUUUGUGCUACCCUUCCAAAACAAUCCUCUUCCUCAAUUGAUAAAAGACGAUAUUCUUGUACUUCUUCAACAUCUACAAACACAAAUGGAGUUAAUAAUAUACAAGAGAGAGCUUUGCGUAUACGAAGAAAGGAUUUGGACUUUGAAGAGCCCCCAACAGUUUUGUUGGCCGUUAAAGAAGGAGAACAAUUACCAACAACAUUAAAUCGACAAAAUUCCUUAUCUAAAUUUAUACAAAAUACUAAUAUUACCCAAAAGAUAGGUUCACCUCCAGGUUCAACAGCAACAACAACAAUGCUUGAUACUACAGAAAUAAAAAGUUCCCUUCUAAUGACUUUACAAAUGAAAUUAAAAGUAGCUGAUAAACCAAUUCGUUGUAUUGCUUUGGGUUCAGAUAAUAAUGGGAGAGAUGUUGUGUUGACUGGAGCUGGAGAGUAUGGGGAUGAAGAAGCACUUUUACGUUGGAGACGUGAUCCUAAUAAUGCUCUUUGGAUUAAUGAUCCACUUGUGGAUAUUGGUGCACAGGGCCGAAGACGAAAUGGAAUUCCUUCUCCAACAUCAAAUAAUUAAGAAAACUAAUUUAUUUAAAUAUAUUUCCCUAUAUUUUGUGAUAUU